AUGACUGGUGUGCGCAGGUUAUCAAUUGAAGAAGUCAUGAAAGUAGCGAGAGAAAGGUUCAUCCAAUUCUCUUCCCAAAACUGUGAUGAUCAUUCCAUGCUUGGCAGUGUUUUCGGCAGUGCUCCAUUUGGUCUCUCCUGCCAAGAAACCAAAGAUGUGGAACUAGCAUGUCUUCUUUUAGCUUCGGCCGAGAAGGUUGGCAAGAAAGAAUUUGAUCAAGGAAGCAAACUGCUAAAUCUGUGUGAUUUCUUGUCCUCCAAGACAGGAAGUUCAGUUCAAAGAACCGUUCACUAUUUUACCAAAGCUCUUCAAGAGAGGAUUGAGAGAGAAACCAGGAGAAUGACAUUAGAAGGCUCAAAAAGUAGUGAAGAACAGAAAUCUCAUCAAGAAACAAUGAUGUAUGUGGAUCCUGCUCUCAUUGUAUGUUUCCUUCACCUUCCCUUCUAUCAAAUUAUUAAUUUUUCCGGAAUCCAAGCAAUUGUAGAUAGUGUGGCCUCUGCAAAAAAGGUUCAUUACAUUGAUCUUGCAAUCAGAAGUGGUGGAUGCUGUAUAGUGUUGAUGCAAGCUCUAGCAACUCGUUUUGAAUGCCCAAUUGAGCUACUUAAAGUAACUGCUGUUGGAACAACUUCAAAACAAGAAAUUGAGAAGACAGGUAAAAGACUAGCCCAUUUUGCUGAGACUUUGAACAUGCCAUUUCUAUUCAAAAUAGUAAUGGUGAGAGACUUCAAAGAUCUCAAUGAAGACAUCUUCGAGUCAAAGGCGGGUGAAGUUGUUGCUGUCUACUCCCCAGUCAUGCUGAAUAAAAUGCUGAUGAAGCCUAGUUUCUUGGAAUCUUUAAUCAAAGUGCUUAGAGAUCUCAAUCCAUGUGUCAUGGUGGUCACCGAAGUCGAAGCAGAUCAUAACUCACCAACUUUCUUAGGCCGGUUCAGUGAAGCACUCUUAUUCUACAGUGCCUUUUUCGAAUGCCUCGAAGUUUGUAUGGAUCAGAAUGAUUCUAAUCGGAUGACAUUGGAAGCAACAUACUUCAGUCGGGAGAUCCGAGAUAUUGUUGCAACUGAGGGUGAGUACAGAACUUUCAGGCAUAUGAAGAUUGAUGCUUGGAGAAAUUAUUUUGAAAGAUACAGUAUGGAGGAACAAGAACUUAGUAUCUCAUCUUUACAUCAUGCAGAACUGUUGGUGAAAAACUUUGCUUGUGGUAGCUCUUGCACACUUGAUAGGAAUGGGAAAUGCCUAACUGUUGGGUGGAGGGGAAGGCCAGUUCUUUCUCUUUCUGCUUGGAAAUUCCAACGAGAAAAAUCCCGAAAAAGGAUUUGCAGAAUGUUUUCUGAAUCUCUUAUUCAACAAACCCCCUAA